AAUAACGAGCGCGGGUAAAUGUAGGUUUUUUUGCAAACGAGCGGAAGGUAACAAGUUCACACGACGGCAUCCUGUAAAGUGAGUGAGGCCCGGACCUGCGUUGUUUGGUCGUCACUCUUGUUUGCAAGCAGUUUCGGUUUGUAACCGACGGAAACUGCGCAACGAGCUUCCGCCAUGCCCGCGUCCAAAGCGUCCACAUCCCUCGGGAGUUCUUCCACUGCUCUCAAUGCAGGUAAAAACGAGUUGCCGGCGCGGUACAACGACAGUAAGAAUGUGCUUUCAACAGCGGGAGACCACGCCGAGCAGGUAUCCAAUGAAGAGGAGUUUAGCCAAAGUGCGGAGAAGCUGGCCAAGGCGCUGCCAGACAACUUUGGGGAUGUGGUCCACCGAAAGCCCAAGAAACAACCAGCGGGGACGAGUAGUGCAGUAGCUCAUUCAUCGUCCAAACCCAAAGCAAAAACUACAUCUGUACAAGAAAGCACUUACUACAACGGGUCGCGUUACAACAGCAACAAGUGGCCUUUCCCGCGACCCGUCUCCGACCGCUUGAGUUUCGUGAAGGAGGUGCUGCAAGUUCACGUGAAGGACCCCGUGCUGCGGAAAUGGCUGGUAGACGAGGUCGUGGAGUAUUCCCUGAAAAUUAACCAUCCCCAUCCAAUUUGUCAUGCAAAACAUGUAGUAAAAUCUGUGUCUGUCAUGCAAAAAGUGGAUGGGGAUGGUUAAUUUUCAGGGGAUAUGGAGGUGUUCCGGACGAAGGUAAAGUCUGAUCAGCAACGGGAAAUGUGGAAGAUGCUGAAAGACCAGCUCGACGAGCUGAACCUCGAGUUGCAGAAGCAGCUGAAAACGGCGUUCCCGGAGUGGUACCUCACCCGCGCAAAAAUUCAAGUAAUGAUGGAGGAGGAAACGAAGUGCCGUAUCCUGAGUAAAAACGUACCCACACCAGAGUUGUAAUGCAGAUUUGCAAAGACAGGAAGACUUGUAAUGCGCAUCCCCAUGAGAGCCAUUUCCAAUCGUGUUUUGGAAUUUGUGAUGCUGUGAACAGGAUGACCAGCUGGAUUUGUGAUGCGGCUGCACUUGCUAACCUGCACUACUCUGCAGAGUGUAACUUGUCAUGCGUGACUCGCAUCGGUCCAUUUUGGCUCAAGCCAUUUUGGCUCAAGACUUUGUCUUGUUGCCUGAGAUCCAACAACGUAGAACAGGGGGAGCUAUGCCGUAGAGUAGGAUCUUCAUUAAUCUCUUCAGCUGCUGUUAAACCACCACUGAUGCCACGUCGGUAUCUCCCCCGACUCCCUGAAGCGGAGUUUCGAAAAGCCUGUAGAUAAACACCCGAACGUGGCGGGUCCUCUGUGCCCCCUUUUACAGUAGUUUUAGCCAGAGCAUCGGCACCCCGAGUGACCAUGCGCACAAAGAACAACUAACAUGUCCACUCCACCGACAAACCGCACUGACACGGAGCCGCCGUGUACCGUCCUACAUACUCUCCGAGGCACAGUAAAUAGCAUAGGAAAGCAAACCUCCACUCCCGGAGAGUCCGCCCCGCCGCUCCGCUGCGAGGCGAAGGAACGGCAGUCGAUGUGACCGAAGGUAAUCGGCGGGCCUCCUGAUCCGCGCAUGCUAUGGUCCCGAAUAGACCAAAAACUGGACCUAAGCAUCAUGAAGCACGACCCAGCCAGGUAGGAGCCAGGCUUCCAGUGGUGGCGCAAUCAAUAAGCUGGUCGAGACGCAAGCGAAUCCGCUCGUGUAGUGCAACGUCAGCAAGCCGCGGAGGCCCCUGCGCUGCGAGCUCAAUGGACAGCGGCAUCAAAGUGGAAGACGCCCGGUCGUCUACCGGGCCUCCAGUUCCGCGCAUGGUAUGGCGCCGAUCGGGCCGCGACGUCGGAGUAUCGGUGCGCGUCGUGCAACGUCAGGGAGGACCCGGUGCUACGACUAGGCACCGGACGGAGACGUGGCGAAAGACAAGCGAUUCUCGUCCUUGCGGCAAAACGUCACAAACACAUCGGUGGGCAGCGACUAACGCCGAAACAAACUUGUCGUUUGCCCGCCCUGUCUGUAAAACCCAUGGGCUGGGCCUUGGGACGGGUCUGGUUCGUCAGUGCCAUCGGGUGAGCUCGUUGCGACGUUGGUCAGGCGGAGCUCGUUGCGCUUCGCCCGGGUGCUCCAGACCACGUGGACACGGAAGUAGCGGUAUAUCUCUAGCUAUUUGCGAUCUCUGGCUCACCUCCCCCUGCACUUUGUGCGGGCCGCAAACCCAUGUUACAUGUUUCACUUUGCAUGCACUACUUGUGAUCUCGUCCAGUUAGUAGAUGAAGGACGUCUUAGAGUGUCGCUGCGUGUGCCGGGGACGGAGCACGUCCGUCCCCGCCGUCUCCCCCAAAAAUGAGCCUCAGGGUGGCAGCUACAAUUCGAUAGCGCCUCAGCUUUUCCCGAGAAUCCGCUCGUGCUGUGCAUCGUCACCAUUCCCACGACGGGGCCGAGCCCUAAUGCGAGCUCCCGGACCAAGCUGCGGCAGACGGGCCGCCCUCUCCUUCUCUUCCGGCUACAGACAUUCUGCUCAUACCAGGCGGUCUAGAUACGAACAUGGGCCCUACGGCUAAACCGGUACCUCGGGGGCCCUCGGGGGUGCCGGUUAAGAACCCGCGCAGCCGCAGCCCACAAGGGGACCGAUGCGGCUCGGAGAGAAUCCGCCUCCUCGCCUCGCGCUAGGCAAACGGGCCGUCCAGUGGGGAGAAAAACGGAAAAGAGCACUACCUGCCGCGGUCGACAGCCUCUUCUCCGACUUGUUCGUCUUCAGACGCGAGGGUACGGCGGUCAGAGCGUAGGAGGAGGCCCCUCGGGGAGCCGAAAAAUCCGGCCUAGGGCCGUGCCUGAGGACGAACAAAGGGUCGCGGGGCCGGUGCGCCCGACGACCAGAUCGGGGAGUCCGCUCGGGUUGGGCAUCGGCGGCAAGCCACGACUUCAACGCGAAGGUAUUGCAGGAUCGAGGGGGUUAAGACACUAGCAGACCCUGAACGGCUAGAGCGGCAGCGACGGGUCGCCCUAGCUGACACGUAGCGGCCGGCCGCAUCACCACGAACCCCAAAAAGCGCCACUGUUUAACGGUAUUUGCUACCUCGGAGUGCUGCAGAAUUUGCUGUUUUUCGAUGCUCUUGCAUGUUUAGUAGCGCUGCGGUAAAUUAAAAAUUGAAAAUUGACGGUGUUUGCAGCCUUAAAAGAUGUAUAGAAGCCUGAAAACGAUGCCGGCGUGCACUCGGGGGCGGAGCAUGUCCGUCCCCGUCGUUGCUUCAAAAUAAAAUCCCAGGUUGGCGUGGCUGACAGCCUCCUCCCCGGCAUGCUCGCCUUCAAAAACGAGGACACGGCCACGGCGCAAACGUCCUCUUCAGUGGGGCGCAAGCAAUGCACAUGCACUGACUCCGCCCCUCCAUGUCGCGCAGCAGGACGAGAGCCCGGACAUCUCGCCGUUACUGGUGAAGGGGAAAACAAUCCACGGAGUAGUCCUGUCCGUGUUAAAUCUGGUGCGGUCGGCAGCCCUGCCUCCCGCCUGUUCGUCUUCAGCCACGAGGGUACGGUGGUCAUAGCUCGGAAAAAUGCGGCUCGUUAGACGGAAAAAUCCGGCGUCAGGUCGAGUCUGGGGACGAACAAGAGCUGGGAAGCGAUAACGUGCCCCCCAAGGGGGAGUUAAUAAUUAAGCGUCCCCCACCCACGGAAUCCGCUCGUAUAAUGCAUCGCCUGGAGAACCCGCCCCCUCGCGUUGGGUGCCGCCGAUACGGUAGUCGUUUCAGCUAAUGCAGCGGCUGCGGGGCACGGCAAUGGGCCAGUUUGACGGUAAUUGCUACCUCGGAACGCUGCAGAACUUGCUGUGUUUCGAUACUUUUGCAUGGUCAGGGACGCGGCUCUAAUUUAAAAAUUAAAAAUUCACCACGUUUUCAGCAAUAAUGGAUGUUUACAAUGCUUGAAAUCUAUGCCGGUGUCUCGGCGUGUACUCGGGGGCGGAGCAUGUCUGUCCCCGCCGUUGCUGUAAAAUAUAACCCCAGGUUGAGACGCAGAGCAGGGGUGAGGACCUGCGGCGAAAGUACAAUCUUCAGACACGAUGGGACUCGGGCCGGAGCGCAGACAGUGAUAGAGGACCCGGCAGCGGCGGCAGCAGCAGCAGCGCGGGACGAUGACGACACCACAAUGCCGCAACUAGUAGAACCGGCCCCGCCCCGAGCUGGACCCAAGCCGCACCGCGAUCGCCGACCAGAGCCGGGCGUUCGUGCUGGCGCCGGCCCUUAUCCCGGCGGGCUCGAGAACAAUCCUGAGAAAGGUACAUGAGGCGGCGCCGAAGCACAUCGCGGCGGCAAUUCGCGCGGCGAACGAGCACGAGCUGCUCCUGGAGCUCGGCCCGCACUGCCUCCGCAUCAUCCAGCGGCCGGCACACGAAGGUGAGCUAGAAGCAGACCGCACCCGCGCAGCAGGAAAGGCAUUGGCGGCCGGUGUGGCGGUGCCCGGUGGGGCAAAGCGGUACAAGGAAGCAGUCCCGCUAGCCAUCUGGAGGGCAACAGGAAGCAAAGUAGGUCCUCUGGCCGGGACCUAUACAAACCACCCGGACUACCGGGACAUCCCCUGCAAUGCUGCCGUGGUCGACGCCCUGGCGCUUCGGCAGACAGACCACGCAAUUGGACUGGACCCGCGCAACCAUAGCAGGCUCGCAGCGGGUACCCUGAAAAACGCGGGCGGAUUUGCGGCGAACGAGUGGCCGGCGGGGGACCCGGGAGUGAGCAGUGAGGACCCCGACAUCCGCAAGUCCGAUAACCCCGGCGACCGGGCAGCCGUCAAAGGAAAAGCGUUGCAGAAGCGGCUGGAGAGGGCGCCGCCCGACACACCGUUCUGGACCGGCGCCGACAAGCCGGCGCUCGGGGAGGGCGGAGAGGAGGCCAUGAUCUGUGCCCCGGUGCGAAAAGUCUCCCGCACCAGCAUAGCGGCAAACAGACCAACGCCGCACGGCCGGAGCUGCCCAGACUGCGUCGCAGAAGCACAAGAGAUGGCGAAGAACACGAUGGAGGGCAACACGCUCGUCCACCCGUACCUGGCCAGUUUUCUAGCCCCAGAACGAGUGCCGCCGGCGGUCGGACCGUACGCGAACUGGUUCGGCAGUGAAGCGCCGAACCAGGAGAACAUGCGCUACCCCGUAUACAUCCGGACGCCCGAGGUAACAGCGGGAGCAUCAGCAGCAACGAUAUACAAAUGCACCAAGUGCGACGCGGUAGGACAGAUGCCCAGCAUGUUGGCGCACGUGGUUGUGUGCCGAGUGGGGCGGCAUGGGCGGGUAGGCAGCAUGCUGCUCGGCAAACUGAGCGCCCUGGCGGCGGGGGAGCGGGAUGCGGCCACGCACCAAAUAACGACGUCAAAGAAACAUCACCUGGCGGAACUGCGGCUCCAGUUGGACGAGCGCCCGCCCCCGCCCGACAUCGAGUGGUCCAAAGGACGGCGAAUGAAGAUCACACUGCUCAACUUGGAUGGCGGACUUCUGACCAACUGGCCGCGCCUCGUGCAUGAGAUCACAGAAGCCGCCCCGCUGGUGGUCGUCGUCAGCGAAGCAGAUCUCCCACAGGACCUCUCCAAAACUGUCAGCGACCUCAUAUACUUGACCCUCCGGGCGCGAUAUUUUAUCUGGAGGGGAACAAGGUCCAUGGCCCUGGUGGCGCACUCCCUCCGCCCGGCAGAGCAGGCAAGGUGCACACAGAUCCCGCUGGCCCCGAGUAUGGCAGCAAUCCUUGUGGCACACGGAGACCUAGCGGGCGAACUAGUGGCGGGAUAUAUCCCUCCAAUCACGGGGGCGACGGGCAGAGACGAAGUGAUGGCGCAGCAGCAGGCGGUGCUGAGGUACCUUUCGGACGCCCCCAAGGACGCAGUCGUGGGGAUCGCAGGCGACCUGAACAUCAGCACGGGGUCAAUAAUGCUGGAACGCCCAAGGCCCAACCCGUUCCGUGCGGCCAUAGCAGCUGCGGCCGAGGCGCGGGGGAUGCAAUCUGCCCUCCUGCCCAGCGACGUUACCUACCCCGCAGCGGACUCCCAGCCAGAUGCGUUGUUUCUCCGGCCGCACAGCCGGGAAACAGAACUGUGGACACAACUGAAGCUUCCAGAAUUCCUGCCGGAGAACUGCGCCACGCACAUGCGCAUUGACUGCGAACGGGUGGCAGCCGAGGAAGACAGAGAGCGCAAAGGGGCCGAGCAACUGCCAGAGGGCCUCACGCGGCGGCGGGUCUUCCAGUGGACGAGCAUGACGCAGGAGACGCUGAAUAGAGUCCUCGCGCGGGCGUGCGAGGCGGCAAAAUCGGCGAAGAGCUUCUCCGCCAAAACCUUGGCGCACAUACUGAAAACGGAGCGGGCGCCAGUCCGUAAAGCCAAAAUCCCGCCCACCCAUCUGUCGUUGCUUAAAGGCGACGGCACGCUCACAAUGUCGACGCAGGAGAGCAUGGAGGCCUUUCGCGUCCGCCUGUGCGAAGGGAAGCCCGCCGGCAUCCAGCGCACACCGGAGGAAGAGAAAGCCGUGGCAGAACAGGCGCGAGAACUAAUAGAAGGCGCGCCCUCGGUCCCCCUGGAACCCUCUCUCGAUAUGGCAGUGCGAGCAAUGCGGCGGCUAAACGGAAACGCGGCGGCGGGAGUCGAUGGUGUACCAGUCGCCCUGCUGAAGGCGAGCACGACCCUCGCCUACUUGCUCGUCACCCUGAUCUGCAACGCAAUCAACGCCUUCGAGGAGCUGCCAUGGAGUAAGGAGUGCUUGUUUGUCUUCCUAUUCAAACACGCGAAAGCAGGGGCAACGAGAUUCGUGCCGCGCUUUUGGCGUCCAAUAGCCAUGAUCAGUGGCAUCACGAAGCUAGUCGAGUCGGUGGUGCUCGGCGCGAUAGAAUCCCUGGUGAACGAGUUCCGGGACAACUCGGCAUUCAUCAAGGGCCUCUCGCCAACGGUAGGACUCAUCCGCGCCUUGAUGAAGGCAAUGCAGUCGCGUCGGAAGUACGUGGGAGUCGUGGUGGGCGACAUAGCAGGCGGCUACGAGAGCGCCUUUGUGAUCCACGUGCUGACAGUAUUGAAGGAGCGGGGGGCGUCGCGCCAGAUUCUCCGCGUGGUCUAUCGGUGGAUGUGCGGGCGAACGGGACGAAUAGUACUAUGCGGGCUCGUCUCGCAUGCCUUCCCCCUCGGGGAAGGCCUGGGUCAGGGCACGCUCCUGUCCCCUGCCCUGUUUAGGAUCGUGGUCGAAUAUUGGUUGAACAUAGUGGGUCUCGUCAGCGACUUGCACGACUGCAUCACUGGCUUCUGCGACGAAAUCGGGAUCGUCGUAACGGCCGACACAGAAGCGGAGCUGAAGCAAAAGCUCACGGACAAAGCAGACCGCUUGCGGCGGAUCCCGUACCCGAUCGCUGAUUGGCGCAUAGCGGUUCUCAAAGCCCCGGUGCUGUCGAGUGGAACCAAGGAAGAGCAGGACGCCUUCUUCAGAAGGUUCACGGUGCGGCUCGCGAGUGGCCAGGUCCUCCGGCUCCCGGAAGUGGAGACGCAGUUGGACAGCGGGGCGGGGAAACCUCUACGGGUGGAGAGCGGCAAUGGGCGUAGAAUAAACAGAGCGGCCUAUAUCUCCGUACUGGGGGUGCCGCUAUCACCACACCCAGAGGCAUGGCUUGCACACCUGGGGAACCUACAGCGCAGGGUCGCAGCAGAGGCAGCGGAAGCCGCUGCAGACGAGGACAAAACAGUAGUAGAACUAAUCGACCAGUACCACGCCAAGAUGUUCAACUGCCUGCAAUAUGCCAGCUCGGUGAAGAGCAUUCUCUGCCCGGGUGAGGCCCUGGCACGGCUCGACGCAGUAGCAGAAACCUGCCUCCGCAGAAUGUUGCGCGUUAGCUUCACCGCCCCGGUGUACUCGACCUUCUUUAGUACGGGCGCCGUGAUACCGAGUACGGCGGCACUAGCGGAGCGCAACGUGCUGAACAUCCAGGCAAUCGCCCUGGAUAGCGAUACCUUCGCACAAGAGGCAAAAGUGGAGGAAGUCUGCCCCCUGCGCCGGGAGGGGUGGACCAAGCUGCGCAUCUCCCACACCCUAAAGCCCGCCGAUCCGCUUCCCGACAACGUCGUCCUGCUGCCGGCUCCUGCAGUGUUCCAACGAUAUGGACUGAAAUUCAGCAAAGAAGAAACGCCCAAGGUGGCGACGCUGGUGAAGGAGGAAUUCGAAAAACUGGAAAAGCAGCUCGGCCCGGCCAUGAUGCUCAUCGCAACGGAUUCGGGCGACGUGCCGCGGUCUGCACCAGGCGCAGCGGGCCCCGGCCCCCGCAAGCGUAUGGCGACAAUAGUGAUGAGACGGGGGGACGAUCGAAAAGGGGAGUUUGCGCUUGCUGCCCGCCUUCGACAUUGCCUCACAACAUUCUGGGGCGAAGCGGGUGCGUUCGUCGUCUCGGUCCUCCUCCUCAGUGACAGUGUCCGGGAACCCCACGCCCCGAUACACGAUGACCGCCUCCGGCUAGUGCUAUUCCAAGUGGACGCGUCGCCGGUGUUGGAUAACGUGCUAUCGAGUAGAACGGAGCAGACCUGGCAGGAGUGCCGCCGGGCACUGAUAAAUCUAGCGCGAACGCGUCCGGACUGCCUCUUCCUCUGCUUCUGGACGCCCGGCCACGCGGGGAUCAGUCCACACACGGAAGCCGACCUGCUACAAAAGCAGACACACCUACCAAGCGAACCGCUGGAAAGGUUCACGGACCUGCGCAUACCGCUCCGACAACUCCGCGCGUACGCAAGGGCAUGCCUCCGAGAGGAGAUCCUGGAAGUGGUGAAGAAGCGGGCGCGGACAUCAACGACGGGCGCAUACCGGGGCUACAUAGCCGCGGAAGUCGGCGACGCGAGGAAAACGCUGCGGGGCCUCCCGGCGGCCAGCCAGCGAAUAGCCUGGAGCCUACUGUGCGGAGAUGGGAGAGACGCUGCCCGGGCAAGCGACUCGCGGGUAGGCAGCUCGUGCAUCAAGUGCGGGCUUUGUGGCGAAAAGGUGUCAGCCGUGAUCGCGUUGUCGGUCAGCCAAGACCCCUCCCCGCCCGCGAUGGACGACGAAAGCUCUUCCGGGUCGAAUGGCAACGAUAGCGAGCUACUUAUCGACGAGGAGGAGAUGGGGGCGAUAGACACAGCGGCCGAAGAACUCGCAGGGGACGCAGACGCCCCAAAGAACACGGAGUUCGCAAACCUCGACCGCCAUGUUCUUUUGUCUCACUUCGCGCGGCACGUCCUCCUGUGUGAGUGCAAGAAGAUCCAAGAGGAGGUGCUGACGGUGUGCCCGGCGAUACCGAUACCGACCUCGCAAAACCUCCUCCGUAGACCGGACAUCACAGUCCGCGCCUUCCUGACGAAGCUGGGCAUGGCCCCCCCGCCCGAAGGAGAAUGGCCGGUGAAACCGCGGCAGAGGCCCGACAGAGACGACGUCCCGCCGCCCGCAGAGGUGCAAGCAAACGUGAACAGAGGGGCGCAGACGUUUCGCAACAUGAUCGAAAUGGCGGAAACGGCGCAGCCCCCGGCAAGCGCCACGCAGGAACCCAACCCACCGGUCGUUCCGCGGAACUUCGUUCCCGGGGCGGCGCACAGACUCUGCACCAGUGCGCCCGACCGAACCCAGCCCCAGGAGGGCGAUGCGCAGAGCCUUCUGGACACGCUGUUUUGGAUACCCCCGGACCGGCGAGCCCCAGGAACCACGACACGAGAGCGGCAGGGGCCGUACACGCGCCCCCAGCAGCUGGGGCACGCAUCUUCCCCCCCUGGGCAACCAUCGAGCAGUCCCGGCGCAAUCCCCAAUACCACAUCAGGACGAAGCGCAACCCCGGACCAGGGUGAUGAAGACCGGGCGGCCGACGCGGCAGAUGACCUGGAAACGGGGCGGGCAGAAGUUUUAGCUGGCGGAGUAGUGCUGCGACUGGACCCGGUGACGGGCCUUCCCCUACCGCGAAGCGGGGGAAGCGGGGCGAACGAGGAGGGCUUGCAGGACUCGCCAGACGCCAUCGCAGCUCAGGUUGCGGACCAAGACGACCUGACGAUGAUGGAGGAAGACGAAGACGCGCUCUAUACCUAACCUGCGUGCCUACCUAAAAUCGGCAUGCCUACCUAAAAACUUCCUAUACAGCUGGACCCAAAGGGGAGAGUCAUACCAUUUCUAGACCACGACCCGCCCACGGCCAAGGUUCGGGCCCGGGUCUGCGGCGGCGCCGACUGGGAGUUCCUGACGAGCACGACGGAGAGCUCGCGAGGGAAGGAAGCGGAGUGUGGUGUAGAGAGGUUCAAGAAGAUGCGCCGUAGUCGUCUGGUUCUCCUCGUAGUUCUGGUUCGCGUCUGUUUUUGGUUUUUCGCUCCGGCCCCUUGUAUGACAAGAUGGACUGAUGAAAGAAAGGCGUGGUUGCCGCAUAGUUGCAGUCGGGGAAGACUGCGAGCCUGUGUAGUUGAAGGAGCCUAGUUUCUAGCAAGAAGAGAGAUGAAAGCGUAUUAAUCCCAAACAAAAAGAAGCGAAGAUCUGCCCAGCGUCCCGCUCGUCGUGUUGCUAUUUCUCGCUGCUGGGGAUCUGCUCCGCGGUCUCUGCGCGCGCUCCGGAAAAUGCUGUCCUUAUCCCGCCGAGCGGAAUCGGUAACUUCGGCGUUUUUCGCAAGGACAUUUGGGCACAAUCGGGUAAACAGGUCGGCGGGUCUAGGACACUAACUCAAAAAGCUGCAGCACGACCGUCAAAAUGUCGCAGGAGGAUCCAGUGGAAACCACGACCGUCUGUAACGCACAACACGCGGCGAGACUGUACCACCCUCCACCCGCGCGCGCCCAGCUUAGACCUAGCGCCGGAAGCGGGUUCGCCAAUGUCUGCUGCUCACCCAGCCCACAGCACCCGGGGAAAAGUACGUUGCCCCGCAACAAAUAUGCUGUUCCACACGAAUGGAGAAAUGCACGCGAAAGUAGAGCCCUGCAACUUCUGUCAUGCCUGCUGAGUAUUUUAGAUAUACCGCUAGCAGAGGGGCGGCGCUAGCCCCGUCCUCAAGCUGUAGCUGGUGUUAUGUUCUGCCAUCGACAUCUACCUACACCUUCCGCCCUCUCGCCUGCCCACUCGCCUGCCCACUCGCCUGCCCACUCGCCUGCCCCCUCGGACCGUUCAUCAACUGCUUUGCACUUAGCACGGUAUGCGCUUUUCGUCCUCGCCCUGUCACUUCUGUCAUGCAUGUUGCUUUGUACUAGGUUUCCGCCAGACUCGACGGCGCGGCCUCAGGGUUUCGAAUAUUCGGGCAGCGAUAUCUACCUACAUUCACCGCCCGGAGGCUGCAAGUUGCUGUCUCGUCUCGCCUGCCCCCUCGGGCCGCUCAGCAACUGCUUUGCACUUAGCACGGUAUGCGCGCUUCGCCCUCGAGCCCUCCCUGCCGGGAGUCCAAGGACGUCCUCGGUACUCUCUCUGCCAAGAGCGAACUCUAACUCUCGAAAUAUCUGCACACCGUGCUAAGGUCAAAGCUGUUUCUGACUUAUGUUCCCCUAGUGAUGCUGCAUUUCUCCACAAUUUUUCAUCUGGAUACUUUUCCCUCCUGCGCCCUGAGGACCCCGACAUCCGAACCCGAGCCAGGAACCAGCCUGGCGCCACCAGUAACCCCAGCGACCUGAGUUCGCCCUACCAACCAGCAUGCUGUCGCGGCUGGCGGCCGACGCCCGGUUUCACCUACGCCUCGAAGCUCCCGAUCCGCAGCCGGUCUGGAUGGGUUCACGCACUUCCGAUUGCCCCGAUACUGCGGCAGAACCGACAGCUACCGAUAGCUCCCACGCGUCGAAUUCACGUGGCCACCGGGGAAAGUUUCCCGCUCGUCCUCAAUGCGCAGCUGCGGCGCCCUGUCCCCGUCUUUCUACACUCUCCUCGGCGCUCCAUCUAGAACUUGCUGUUGCCGAGUUUCUGAAAGAUUAUUCCAGAUAAGCCAUUCCCGGAAUGAAGGGGCCGCGUUCUGCUCCCACGAGCUUUCACUUGUGCGCGUUGGGGGUAGAUGUGCGUACAGCUCCUGCCUGGUCGGCUUUAUCUCCGGCUGGCACUCGAAAAACUAUCCUCCUAAAAGAUCCACUAAAUAAUAGAAAACUUCGUCCAUAAUGAGUAUGGAGAUGGUCUAGCCCGCAGUUCCUCCUAUCUGUUGCUGGUGACCUGGUCUGUUUUCUGACAAUAAGUGCUGCGUCGUCUAAUCUAUGGGUGCGAGUAGAUGUAUUAGUUCCCGGCGGGUGGCUCGCAGCAAUAAGGAAACUGGCAAGGAUAAACAUCUGUCUGUGCUUGCAAUGCGCUGAUGGACUGUGCUCUGCCAAAUAGUGAAGUAAUUUGGACUACUCCAGUUCUGGUCCCGUUGCUGUAUAUUGUGCGCGGGUGCUGGGUGGAAAGGUCCAGCAAUUAUGUUGGUGUGUGUGUGUGCGAGGAGGAAAGUUUGGAGUGCCAGGUCCGUUGGGCCCGGGGUGGCGGCGUCUUUGGGUUGAUCAAAUCACCCGAAACACAAUGCCACCUCGUGUUGCACAGUCUGUUUAUGUCAUGCGUGACUCGCAAAACUCCUAGGUUUGUGUUGCAAAAUCCCCAUCCUGACUCUGGUGUGGGUACGUUUUUACUCAGGAUAUGCCGGCUGGCGCUUCGCGCGGACGCUGUAAAACAGAAGGAGAAACGCGCGACGGUAUUAUAGGAGUCUGGGUGAGGACUCAUUUUCAUCUCUUGUGGUAUAAGUUCAAUGUCCGUGGUGAUUCAUUUUAUGAUGUCGUGCAGGUCGUUGCUGAAAUGAAGAACUAAAAAACCCACAGGAGCAUGCCGCGAUGAAGGCUGUGGAGCAAGUGAAGAUUGACCAGAGGCGGCAAAAGGCGGACCACCAACAGUCCGUACUCAACCAAAUCAACAAGCACAUGGAAUUCCAAGGCAUGAUCCAGGACGCGCGGCAGAAGCUGAGCGAUCUGCGGCACAACGAUAUCGAGAAGAAAAUACGCGCGCAGUGCACCAAGUAUCUCCUGAACAACCUCCUGACGACGGUGAAGGUGAAGGACCCGAACCGGUUUGCCCGCGCGCUGCUGAAGGACAAAUCGCAGCGCUCCACUGGCUUGCCGAAGAAUUUUGGAAAGACGAAUAGUACAAAAAGUGCAGCGGUGGAUUCAUUCUCGGACGAGUUUAUGCUGGACUUGCUAGAAGAGGAGUUGAAGAACGUCGAAGAGAAGGACAAGGAGGCACUGCAAAAGGAGAACGAGCGCAUUGUGAAGCUUUUGGAAGAAACAGGGGAGUACGAAACCCGACUCGGCGCCGCCGAGGCGAAGGUAGAGGACGCUAGUGCGGCGGUGAAGGAACAGGACAAGAUUUUGGCUGCCCACGCAGCGACGAUUGAGCAGCAUCAGGCGACGCUGCGGGGCCUGCAGGAGGAUCUGAAGACGCACCAGGAAGAUGCGGCCUUUCAAGAAGCGGAAAGAAAAAAGCGAAGUGUCGCUGACGCGCGAAGAUACGUGCAGGAGAUGUGGGACAGGGAUGCCACGUCCCAAUACGAACAAUGGUCGCCGGUUAGCAAGAGCAUCAAGAUAACAAAGAAAAAGACCUUCUUCGCGGACCUAUUUGAUAGCAAGCCUGCGCCAAAACGCAAGCAGGCUGGGUCGCGUCCCCCGGGCCGGCCCCCGGGCUCGAAGAAGAAGAAGAAGGACGGUGGCGGGAAAAAAGCGUUAUUAACUAGCAUGGAGGAGCUAGACGCGUUUAUGGAGGAAGGGUUCGAUGACGCGGACAACGAGAAUUCACUUUUCGCAGGCAGCAACAAUUUUAUCGACACGCAAACGCCCGCACUGGUCGGCGGCCAAACCGUUUUCGACCGGGAUCAUGUGCAGCUGAGCAAGAGCACGGACAACUCUCUGAAGAGAGGGGACCAGCAAUCUUCGAGUGGUUUUCCUUUUCCGCCGGCGAAAAAGGCAAAGAUUGCCGCGAAGGAGGUGGACGAAGAAGAGAUAGUCGACGAGGAGGACGACCUACUACGGGAUGACGUCAAGAAGACCACAUCAAAAGCGAAGAAACCAAAAUCCGGCACAACUGCUGCGGCGUCUGUGCACGGUCUAAAAGUAAAGCCGUACCGAACCAAGGAGGAGAAGGCACAGCACAAAGCGGAGAAGGCAGCGCGAAAGGAGGAGCGGCGUGCCAGGCGGGAGAAACGAGCCACCAAGCGGGAGCGAAAAGCGCAGCAGCAAGGUGGUGGUAAUGGUGAAGAUAGUAGUACUGCGCUGGAGCAGCAGCUGCAGCCGGCGAAAGAAAAAGAUGUGGGUCAAGAAGAUGCAAUAGAUAAAGAACCAGAGGAAGAACCGAAAGACGCUUUUUU